AUGGCGGGCUCUGACAGCCAGGAAGUGGUGUUUGAUUACCUGCGUUACAAGCUGCAGCAGAGGGGCGUGGCCUGGGAGCCCCCCCAGCAGCCAAUAGGAACUCAGCGCAGACGCAGUGAUGCUUCGUUACCAUGGAGACCUGAUGGCUUGAGGGCGUGGCACCGAGGAGGAGAGGAGGAGGAGUCCCAGCCAGCACCUGGCCCGCCCCCCCCGCCCCCCCGCCUGCAGGCCGUCCUGCGCUCUGCAGGCGACGAGCUGGAGCGCUGUUACCGUGACAACCUGACCGCCCACGCGGUGGCGCUGCUGCGUCAGGACGGCGGCUCGGCGCGGAGACGACUGACGGCGGUCCGGGACGAGCUGCUCAGAGACGGAGUGAACUGGGGACGCAUCGUAGCGCUGAUGGAGCUCAGCGCCGCUACCAGCGCAGAGGUGGCGAGCAGGGAGGGGGGGGCAGAGGGAGGGGCUGCGGGGGGGGCGGGGCAGGUGGAUGACAUCGCCAGGUGGAUGGCAGACAGUCUGGACUCACCUCCUCUUCAGGGAUGGAUAGAAGAGAACGGAGGAUGGGAUGCCUUUGUGGAGUUGUACGGUGAGUCCAGACCGCCGGUCAGUUUCUGGUGUCCGACGACGGUGUUUGGACUGGCUGUACUGGGAGCAGCUGGGAUCACACUGGGAGCCUUUUUCACCCAGAAAUAAACCGUCCUGGUUCAGACUGAUCCAACCCAAACCGGUCUGAUCAGCUGCAGUUCCUGUCGUGUCCACUGGAGGCUGCUGUGAUCAAACUGACUGUACUGAAGUGAAUAAGAAAACCCGACUUCUGUCUUC